GGUGGGUAGAGGCGCGGCUCGGGUUCUACCCCGAGGUCAGCGGCUGCUGCCCCGGCAGACACGAGAGAGCGGCGGAGCUUCGGCGGCCCGGGGCGGAGCUCCGCGAUCCAAGUGCCGGGCUCGCCAAGCGAAGUGGGCGGGCGGCUCGGGACCAUGGCCAGGGCCGGCAUGGAGCGCUGGCGUGACCGGGUGGCACUGGUGACGGGAGCUUCGGGAGGCAUCGGCGCGUCCGUGGCCCGGGCCCUGGUCCAGCACGGACUGAAGGUGGUGGGUUGUGCCCGCACCGUGGGCAACAUCGAGGAGCUGGCUGCGGAAUGUAAGAGUGCAGGCUACCCCGGGACUUUGAUCCCCUUCAGAUGUGACCUGGCAAAUGAGGAGGACAUCCUCUCCAUGUUCUCAGCUAUCCGUUCUCAGCACAGCGGUGUGGACAUCUGCAUCAACAAUGCCGGCUUGGCCCGGCCGGACAGCCUGCUCUCAGGCAGCACCAGCGGUUGGAAGGCCAUGUUUGAUGUGAACGUGCUGGCCCUCAGCAUCUGCACACGGGAAGCCUACCAGUCCAUGAAGGAGCGGAAUGUGGACGAUGGGCACAUCAUUAACAUCAAUAGCAUGUCUGGCCACCGAGUGUUACCCUACUCUGCAGCCCAUUUCUAUAGCGCGACCAAGUAUGCCGUCACUGCGCUGACAGAGGGACUGAGGCAGGAGCUUCGGGAGGCCCAGACCCACAUCCGAGCCACGAGCAUCUCUCCAGGUGUGGUGGAGACACAGUUCGCCUUCAAGCUCCAUGACAAGGACCCUGAGAAGGCAGCUGCCCUCUAUGAACACAUGAAGUGUCUCAAACCCGAGGAUGUGGCCGAGACUGUUAUCUACGUCCUCAGCAGCCCCCCACACGUCCAGAUCGGAGACAUCCAGAUGAGGCCCACGGAGCAGGUGACCUAGUGCACGGAGGGAGCUCCUUCCCUCCCCACCCCUCACGGCUUGGCUCCUGCCUCUGGAUUUUAGGUGUUGAUUUCUGGACCCCUGGAUACCAGUUCCUGUCCCCACCCCCACCAGAGGCUAGAAAAUUUGUUUGAGAUUUUUAUGUAAUCUUGUCAAAUUGAUUCCAUUGCAAAUGUGAAAAAUGGGCUGGGGAAAGUAGGUGCUGUUACUGAUUAUUUUACUUCUUGUUCUUAGUCCCUUUCUUGGGCUCCUCAGCCUUUGUUCUGCUUUCCUCAGUCUCUUCCCUUUGACCUGGGAAAGGGGCUGUGGCCAAAAGGGGGGCUUCCCCCUAUCUUCUUGCACCCCAACUCUGCCUCAGGGUUGGGGUGGCAGAGAGGCCCUCCCCUUAUGUCUGAAGGGUGAUCCAGAGCUCCAGGUUUCCGCCUAUCCCUGCACCACUGCCCCCACUGCCCUUCCUCCCUCCCAGCUCUCCAGCGCAAUCUUGGCUUUUUGGCCCCCAGUGGGGUCAUCACUCCUGUCUGACUGUGGCAGCAGAAUACCGGGGUCUGGCUCCCAAUGGAUUUAACAAUGAUGAUUAAAAAAGAAAAAUCGCAACCAACCUA